AUGCCGCUCGCAGAGGCGCUGCCGCGGCUCGAGGCGCUGGCCGAGGCGGCGGAGGCGGCGGCAUCGCCGUCGCAGAGCCUCGCGGGGGCGGCGGCAGCCGAGGCGGACGGGGAGGCGCGCCAGUGCGACUUUUGCUGGUCGGCGCCGCGAUCGGUCCGCUUUGCGUGCGGCCACGCAUUGUACUGCGAGGCGUGUGCGCCUCGCGUGCUGGAGCGCGACACCAACUGCCCGGCCUGCCGCCAGCCGGCGCUGCCGCUCGCCGCUAUUGGGACACACGUGGCGGAGCAGACGACGUUUGUCUACCAGCCACCCGCUCGCGCUGUGCCACACCCACCGCCCGCUGGUGGCGCGGCGGUGGUCGGUGGGCGGGGCGGGCGAGGCGGGCGGGGCGGGCGGGGCGGGCGGGGGAGGGCGCGGGGCGAGGGGCGUGGCGCUGGCGGCUCGUAG